AUGUCGUCGGGCACGAUGGGGGUGUCGACCCCGGCAGCGACCAUGACCAGCCUGGACGAGAAGACGGCCGAUGCCCCUCCAACGGGUCAGGUUUUAGUACACGAGCGCCGCCCUCUUCCAUACUGGCAAGUCAACGUGCCCCCAUCGCAACGGACCGCCGAGUGUCCCAGCUAUCUACGCGACCUACCGGUCAAGAGCAUCCGGUGUCUAUCGACGCCCGACGAAGACUACACGCGGCAGGGCUGGGAUGAAGUGCGGGAGAUCGUCCGAACCAACCGCAUCGAUCGAUUCCAGCGCGUCCCGGGUGAGCUGCGCCGCUACUUGGCGUACAUGGCGCAGCUGAAAACCGAGUACUCGUCCGUGAUGCGGUUCGUGGUGCAGGAGCGGCUGCACUGGGGCGACGGCAGCGACCUGGCGCCGAAAGGUCGUCCAUUUGAGUUGAACGAGGACACGUGCAUUCUGUACAACGACUGGCCGUACGGCGUCGAAACGGACAUCAUCCACCUGGUGGUCUGGACCAAGUUUGAGCUGGAAGACGACCCGGCCACGGAUGAUUUGACAGCCAGCGCGCGCGCCGCGAUCGAGGCGUAUGUCCAGCGGACGUUCUGCUCGCGCGUGCCGCCGGCGCAGGUCGUUUGGUUCAAGAACUGGAGGUCGCUUAAAUCGGUGCAUGCUAUCGAACACUUCCAUGUUAUGCUCUAUCGGCCGGAUAUGGCUUUUGUGGAGGAGAUUACCCAUGGCGACGUUCCGCUCAUUGCGCGGUUGCGAUAG